GUCGAAGGCGAAGAUGGCCGUGAUCAGCGAGGAGACCGACGACAGCGACAUGGAGGCGAACUGGGACAUGCCAGCCGAUCCGUGGAUCGACGGGAGUCUCAAAGUGCUCGACCUGUCGGAGGAGACGAUGGGCCCAGUCGAGCUAGAGUUGUUGUGCGAGGGGAACUUCCUGCUGGUCCCGGCGGUCGCCGCUUGGGGGAGGGUCGGGUCCAAGCUGCUCGCGCUGCUACACCUCGUGACCUCGACUCGCACGCUGAAGGCUCUGGCCCCGGGAGCAGCCAACAUCGCGCCGAUCGACCCAGGCCCGAAGAAGGAGCGUCUCUCCAUGCGUCGCAAGUCCAAGAAGGGGAUCGAGGAGGCCCGCCAGGUCAAGAAAGAGGAGAGGGAGCGUGCCGCAAGAGCCAUCAAGGAGCUCAAGAAGGAGAUGAACGAGCCGCGCGAGUCCAGCUUCCCGCCCUUCGCUCGGAAGGCCGAGCCCGUGGCCAGGGUCAAGGCGGCGGCCAAGUCGGGCUCCCCGGCGAAGGUGGAGCAGGAUGCGCCUAUCGUGGUGGGCCACCAGUCCGUGCAGGAGCAGGUCGAGGGGCUGCGUCAGACGAUGAUCCAGCAGCAGGACCCAGGCCUUGCCGGCCAGCUGAGCGAGCUGACGGGCCUCCUGCGCGCGCUGGUCGCCAGCCAGACGGGCGGGCCGAGCGGACCGGGCGCUCAGAGGUACUAG